AUGUGGCAAUUCCAGGCCGUAUGCAGUGGUUUGUGCGAGAAUCGAAUUGAAUUGAACGAUUUGCUCUCUCUUACUUAUUUCCAAAACGCAUCCGAAUUGAGUGACGAUGUAGAAUGGUUGCUAUCAAAACGAUUAAUUGCUUCACAACAAGAUGAUUCUGAAAAAGAAAUACUGCGAGCCACACAACUGGGUCGUGCUGUGCUCGCCUCAUCGCUGCCUCCAGAUAUAGCGUUACUUGUCUACGGUGAUCUUGAGCGAGCAUCACAUGCACUCAUUCUUGACAAUGAACUUCAUUUACUCUAUUUGGUGACACCACUGAACAAUGAAGCCAUUUGGGCUGGUUAUCUCGACUGGUUUCAUUACCAUACAAUUUGGUCGAGGUUACCGCCACGUUUACAACGCGUCGGUCAAAUGAUUGGCAUAUCAGAACGUUUCAUUAUGGAACGUAUGCAAGGACGAUUAGCCAGGAAUAAUGCUCUGCUGCAAAUACACUUACGUUUCAUCUCAGCAUUGGCACUCUACGAACUGAUCAAUGAAAAACCGCUGAAUAAAGUUGCGAUUCGCUUUCGCAUUUGCCGAGGUGCUCUUCAAUCCUUACAGCAACAAUCCGCCACAUACGCAUGUUCGUUUUGCUUCUGA